GUCUAGCUGCUCCACGUUUGGGGAUGACGUCAGGAGACCGCUCCAGGACUUUAGAAACAAUCAGACAGUAGAGUACCAAUAUGAAUACCCUUAGCCUCACUCGGUCCUGUAUAAUAGUUUUCAUCAGUUUAGUCAUUUGCAGCAUUUGUACCGUGAAUGGAGAUUACUGCAAGGUGAACCUGUGUCAUAAUGGAGGGACAUGUGUGACUGGCAUUGGAGAAGAUCCCUUCUUCUGCAUCUGUGCUGAAGGAUUUGCUGGAGAUACUUGCAAUGCCACCGAGAAUGGUCCUUGUAUUCCAAACCUGUGUAAAAACGAUGGGACAUGUGAGGUGAUCGCUAACUCCAGAAGAGGAGACGUUUUUAAUGAAUAUGUGUGCAAAUGCCAACCUGGGUUUGAAGGUGCACACUGCCAUAUCAAUGUGAAUGACUGUGCAAACCAGCCUUGUAAGAAUGGAGGCCUGUGUCGUGAUCUGGAUGGGGACUACACCUGCCACUGCCCUUCUCCAUACGUUGGGAAGCAAUGCCAUCUACGCUGCAUAUCUCUGUUGGGGAUGGAGGAAGGUGAAAUCAUAGAGUCCCAGAUCUCGGCUUCCUCUGUACACUCUGGCAUUCUGGGGCUGCAGCACUGGGGACCGGAGCUCGCACGCCUCAAUAACCAGGGCCUUGUGAAUGCCUGGAGCUCCGCACCCCAAGACAAGAACCCCUGGAUUGAGGUUAACAUGCAGAAGAAGAUGCGUCUCACUGGAAUCAUCACCCAAGGAGCCAGCCGCAUGGGGACGGCUGAGUUUGUCAAGGCUUUCAAGGUUGCAUCCAGCUUUGAUGGCAAAUCAUACACAGUGUACAGAGUGGAUGGCCAGAGAAAAGACAAAGUGUUUUGGGGAAAUACAGAUAACGAUGGAACUAAGACAAACAUGUUUGACCCUCCCAUUGUGGCCCAGUAUAUCCGCGUCAUUCCUGUGGUGUGCCGUACAGCUUGUACUCUCCGGAUGGAACUUGUGGGCUGUGAGCUUAAUGUGCACUCCAGAACAAUUGGUUGCACCGAUCCGCUGGGCAUGAAGUCCCGUCUCAUCUCUGACGUGCAGCUUACAGCAUCUAGUAGCUUCCGCACCUGGGGUAUUGAUGCCUUUACCUGGUACCCCUUCUACGCUCGCCUGGACAAACAAGGCAAGACUAACGCUUGGGCGGCAGCGAGCAACAACCGCUCAGAGUGGCUCCAGGUGGCUUUGGAGAAACCUAAAAGAAUCACAGGCAUCAUUACUCAGGGAGCAAAAGACUUUGGAGUUGUGCAGUUUGUUUCAGCCUUUAAGAUUGCAUACAGUUAUGAUGGACAAUCUUGGAGCAUUGUGAAGGAUCAAAUAACGGGAACAGAUAAGAUUUUCCAAGGCAACAUAGACAACAACACGCACAAAAAGAAUUUGUUUGAGCCUCCGUUCUUUGCCCGAUUUGUGCGGUUUCUGCCCUGGGAGUGGCAUGAGCGAAUAACUGUACGCAUGGAGCUGCUGGGCUGUGAUGAUUAGUGGACUUGCUGAAGGCUGCACACUGCCCCUCUCUGCACUUGUUUCACCUGAAGUGUGUCUGCUGGUUGUAGCUGAUGUUUUGUUUCAGUAUGCAUUAGCUUCAUCUGUAUUGCUUUGUAUUUUAUUGUUAAUCAAUGCCAUUAUUUUGAUGUGUUUUGAAAAAGCCUUUGGGCACAGUGAUGAUUUUAUGAAGUCAC